GCCACUGAUGGUUGCACCAUGUCGAGGCGCAAGCAAGCCAAACCGCAGCACAUCGACUCCGACGAGCCCGGGUCGUUAGAAAAUGGGAUUCAUCGAGAUGAUCAAGCUGACGAGACUGGAAAUGAAGUGAAGCGGUUCCGCAUGGACGAGACCAGGAUCUGCAACAAGUGUUGUGCUGAAUUCUUCGAUGAAGCAGAAUUCCUUGAACACGAGAGGAAUUGCACUAAAAGUCAUCAAGUGCUCAUCAUGAAAGAUGGAGAUGGCAGUGAAAUGCCUGAGGAAUAUUCGCGAGGGUCUCCUGAAGGCCUUCCUAGUGACCAUGAUGAUAGCCAGUCCAGCGGUAAUUCCCUUUCAAAUGUCAAUUCAGACCAACUGGAAAGAACUGAGGAAGAGUCCAGUAUGAACAUCGACGACUCAGGACAACAGGAUCGGGCAGAGAUGUCUGACAGCCCUGAGAUGACUUUCCAUCCCUCACCUGAAAUGCAAGAUACAAAUGUCACUCUUGAAACCAUGGCCGACACUAAAGUGGCUGUCUCCCAACAUUCGUCAAAUAAUACAUCUCUGACCUCGUCGCAGGAGGCCGUGCAGACCAUCCCAAUGAUCUUAGAACAGUUGGUGUGUCUCCAGCAACAGCAGCUACAGCAGAUCCAGCUCACAGAACAGAUUCGGAUCCAAGUAGCCAUGAUGACUCCGCAGGGUCUCCAGUCAUCAGUAGUAGCGGCAAUGGACCCUCUGAAAGCCCUUGGUGCACAUCUCUCUCAACAGCUGUCUGCUGCAGCAGCUCUGAUAGGGAAAAGGACCGGCAGUCAGAGCCUCUCUAUUGAGACGAUGAAGCAAGGUAAACUACCUCUGCCCACCAGCAUCCCUACAUCUCUACCUGGAGGACUGGGUUCAAUGACUUCUAAAAUUGACAAUUUAAAGGGCAUCCCAGAUCUGGCCAGUCGUUUACCAGCACUACUGCCCCAGUCCCCAGGUACCAUAGGGUUCCCUAGCACCUUCAAUGGUGCAGGGAUUGAUUCCUCCAAAAAAGUGAAGACCAAGAUGCUGAACCUCCCACAAGAUUCAAAGAAUGGGGACUCAUUAUACAAACACAAGUGUAGGUACUGUGGAAAGACCUUUGGCAAUGACAGUGCUCUCCAGAUUCACCUGCGUUCUCACACUGGAGAGAGGCCCUUCAAAUGUAACAUCUGCGGAAACCGCUUCACAACCAAAGGAAACCUCAAAGUGCAUUUCCAGAGGCAUAAAGACAAGUAUCCUAACAUUAGCAUGAACCCUCAUCCUGUGCCAGAGCACCUUGACAAUAUUCCCACCACUAGUGGCAUUCCCUUUGGCAUGUCUGUGCCCAUGGAUGAGUCAAAUAUGACGGAAAUUAAACCUAUCCUCGCCCCUCCAGCUGCUGGGUUCCACCCAUCACCCAUACCAGGAUUCAAGACAACAUUUGAAGGAUUUGGAGGGGACCCAUUUUCCCAGAGACCCUCCCCAUCAACAAGUGAUGGCUCCCCAUCUGUUUCCUCGAAUGUGUUUGGCCAAGAGACGGCAAUGGACGGGAAUCCAAAGGAUGCUAAAGAACUGCUCGGAGCACUGCAUCAUAUGAACGGCAAUUCCCUAUCAGGAGAACAAAGCUCUGGAACAGCAAAACUUCAGCAGAUGGUAGAUGGCCUAGAAAAGAGAACCGGUGAUCCCAAUGAAUGUGUGAUCUGCCAUAGGGUGCUCAGUUGCCAGAGCUCACUGAAGAUGCAUUACCGCACACACACUGGCGAGAGGCCGUAUAAAUGCAAAAUCUGUGGCCGUGCUUUCUCCACCAAAGGUAACCUCAAGGCUCAUUAUGGAGUGCACAGGGCUAACACUCCUCUUAAAAUGCAGCAUUCCUGUCCCAUCUGCCAGAAGAAGUUCACCAAUGCUGUGGUACUGCAGCAGCACAUUCGCAUGCACAUGGGCGGGCAGAUCCCCAACACUCCAAUGCCAGAAAACCAGUUUGAAGCAGCGGAAGCAAUGGAGCCAUCUCUACCAGACGAGAAGUCCAUGGAUACCAAUGGUUUUGAAGCAAGCAUGGAAGAUCAUGAGCCCGAGCUGAACUCUCAGCAGCAAAAUGACUCCUCUGAUUCCCUCCCACCUGCCACUGAGGAACAACCAAAGAAGCUUGCUGCCCCCGCUUUGUUUUCCAGCCUAGAUGUUUUGAAGAAUCUCACCUCUGCUCUUGCACUGAAACGACAGAGUAGCACAGCUUCGGAGAGCGAGGGAACGUCCAAAGAAUCCCCAUCAGCUCCUAGGGAACAGGAAUAUCAAAAUGGCCGUAGUCCUGCCAUUUCUGAUUCAGCCAUGUCAUUUCACUCGUCUUCCCCUGUAAACCACAACAUGAGUAGUAGUAGUAAGUCUCCUGAGUCAGCUGCUGAGGAGUUUGCCCGCAUCGGGUCAAAACCAGACUCUGAUGGUGGCACUCAAGAUGGACUUGAGACAAGUGGAGCCCUUGACCUCACAGCUUCCAGCAGCUUUACACCCAAAGUAAUCAAAGAAGAACCAGGCAUACCCUUCACAAAUGGAGACUACACUCCUACUAGCAUGCCUUUCAUGAGGUUACCAUCAAGCCUGGCCAGCUUGGAAAUGAAGAUUCCUCCAGAGAAUCCUUUGGGGUCUCAUGGUUUGUUCAGCUCCCACAUGCCUCAGGGAACAGCCAUGCCCGCGUCCAUCUCCUCCGCACCGAGACGAUCAACCAAACAGCAUGUGUGUCAUACCUGUAACAAGAACUUCUCAUCCGCCAGUGCCUUGCAGAUACACGAGCGCACUCAUACAGGGGAGAAGCCUUUUGCUUGCAACAUCUGUGGCAGGGCGUUCACCACCAAGGGAAACCUAAAGGUGCAUAUUGGCACCCACAUGUGGAACAACUCAUCGCGGCGUGGUCAGCGCCUGUCCCUGGAUAAUCCCAUGGCCCUGAUGGCAAUGAGCUCAGAGGCUAACAUGUUACCAGAAAUCAUGCAGGCCUCUAAAGAACUGGCUGCCCCAACAAUGAACUUUGACCCAUCUCUGUGGAACCAGUACGCUGCUGCCUUCACUGGCGGCCUCACCAUGAAAACCAAUGAGAUUUCUGUCAUCCAGGGUGGUGGCAUCCCCCUCCCUGGGAGUCCUGCCGGUGGGCCUCUGAUUGGAUCCACUGGAGGCCUCAUGAAGAUGGAUGGAUCUCACUCCGGCUUGCCUGCCACCUUGGCUGAAAUUGAGAAGAACAGCUCUGACAGUGUGCCAAAAUCCCAGUUCCCACAUUUCAUGGAAGAGGGAAAAAUUGCAGUUAAUUAA